AUGUUGUCUUGGCUGCAGCCUAAGGCCAACAUCACUGCUAGUGUGCCGCAACGAGAAGCUUAUGAGAUAAUAUUGUUUGCCUUGUUAAUUCUUGGGUCAACCUGCUCUUUUCUUUACAUAAAUUGUGUUUUGCUGUACACCCUCAGGAGUAAGCCAGUGUUUUGUGAGACAUCCCGAUAUAUUCUGCUGUAUAACCUACUUAUUGCAGACACUGUUCACCUGAUAUCAAGUCUUCUGCUGUUCUUGCUAUCUUCUUUUAAGAUAAAAAGUACCUAUUAUGCCUGUGGUUUCCUAGUUCUGGUCUCUGUUUUCACGCAAUCAAUCUCCCCUCUCACCCUGGCUGUGAUGUCUAUCGAGAGAUACGUGGCUAACACAACAGCUGUAUGCCAUCCUCUGAGGCAUGCUUCUAUUUUCACCGUGAGAAGUACAGGCAUAGCCAUUGCUGUGGUGUGGGCCUCUGCUGUAAUCCACAUCCUCAUUCGAGUUUUUAUGCUGGUAUAUGUCUUUACAAAAAUCUCCCUGAAUCUGCACAUGAAUGAAUUAUGCAGUAAAGAAACGUUUUUUUUUGCACCAAUCUUUAAUGAUUUUGAGGAGGCACAUGCAAGCACUCUCUUUCUGUCGGUGGGUUUAGCAAUCAUUGGCUCCUACAUUGGUGUUGCUCACACAGCUAGGUCAGCCUCAACAGAUAAAGUGUCGGCCAGAAAGGCUCUUCAAACUCUUCUGCUUCACCUGAUUCAGCUAAGCCUCAUCCUCACUGCCUCCAUGUUCUCCACCAUCAUUAUAGCCAUAGCUAGAACUGAGGAUAGAUCAACCCUUUUUCGGAUUUACAAUGUAUGCUAUGUUUUUUUGAGUAUCCUUCCCAGGUGUCUGAGUGCUCUCAUUUAUGGACUCAGGGAUCAAACCAUCAGACCAGUCCUCGUGAAAAAUCUGUGCUGUCCGUGGAAAGGCUCAAUUUGUCUUAACAAGAGCAAGUGA